UGUAAUUCGUGCAAACAGUUGUGUGCGUGUCGUGUAGCGUUUUGUAGCAGAAGAAAACUCGUGUUAUUGAAUUGAACUCAAUCCCGAAAACUUUCGCCGGGGAAAAAUCCAAAUUUAGUGAAACUAUUUAAACUUGUGCAAAAUGCGCUUUACUGCGGUACUCCUCCGGCAACACAUUGGGUUUCACUUCAAGAAACAUUGGAUCAUCCAGGGAAAACGUGUCCCAGCGGAAACUGGCGCUGUAGCGGAGCUGGCGGCUCGAGGCAUACCGGUUGUCGAUCCGAAUGAAUUGACCAAAAAGAAACGGGAAUUCGUGCGGAUGGAGCUGGUUGGUCAGCUUCCUCCGGAAGUAAAACGCGAUCAGCACCAUCCGUUGUACAAAAGUGAGCCUUGCUAUCUGUUCAGCGAUCGCAAUGUUUUGCUGGAGGGAGUUAAGCAAGCCCAGGUGCUGCUUAAUACGGUCGUUUACGACGAACUACCGCUAAAGUUGGAGGAGCGUUUGGAGAUCACGAAGAUUCCGACGCAACUUGAUCGAUCAAUGCAGCAGUCGGUUCUAGCUGCGCUCGUUUUUGAUGCCGAACAGGUGAAAACCGCCAUUGUAAAAGAUCCGGAGCGACCGGCGUUCAGACUUCCCAGGAACUACGGCAUUUCUGACGAAAGAAGAAAUCAACUGUUACUUUCAAAACUAUUAAUCCACUGCGAGCGGUUUGCCGGCAAAUCCGUCACUUCUAUGAGGAAAGUUAUUUCGAACACUAGUUUCGUGGUUCCCAUAAACAGAAACCACCACGAACGGAUUCAAAUCAGUCUAAAGGCUGACACCUUCAUCACAUCCUCUGUUCCGAUUAAACCUCUGGACAGCUCCGUUUACCGUCCGCAAGACUUACAUCUGCCGGAUUUGUUUCCAGUAAAGGAAACGGUCACGAUUCCUAUCACAAACUUUUACGAGUGGCAAAACGAGUACCCCAUCGCAAGGGACUACAAAUUUUCUCAUCCGCACACGAUUUUGCUGCACUGCGCCCCAGAGGAUGUAUCCAAUCUGUUCGAAACACCGGUGACGGAUGAUCAACGCGAAGGUCGAGCACUGUUGAAGGCGUUCGCUGUAGCCGCUGCACGAGCCCGGCAGCUCUAUGGGGAUGACGUGAAAGUCCUGCCACACCCGAUAACGGUGCAGGCGGUACAGACCGACAGCAAGUGGUUUCAUUUUAGCAUAUUCCAGCUAAACACGCUAGCGCUGGACGGAGAUGGAGCGGCUGAGAGCCGCAAUUUGUGGUUCCGAAAACCGAAGAUGGAUCUUUACUCGGAGUGUGGCUAUCUGGUCGGGAAGCCAACCCUGCGGGAUUACAACAAAAAUGUGUUGAAGCAUUUGGCUGUGUUCUACGGAAGUAGUUAGUGCUAUGGGAAGAAAUAGUGCAGUGUUGAAGUUAGUGUGAUGAUCAGGGCUUGUAAUAAGUGCUAUACGAAAAUAUAAAGGUAUGCAGAAGCCCAGUGAAAGUAUUGGAA